AGUUGACAAACGGUUAGCGAGUGAAAAAGGCGGUUGAAAGGCGCGUUAUGCUGCUGUAGGUGGAUUAUUAUGAUAUUAAAUAAAUCCUUCUGCGGUGUCUGGCUGCUAAGUCGCCUUUAAUCAUAAACUUCAUCAUGGCUGGAAGUUGUGUUCGAGUUGAUCCACCGUUUGUUGAGUUCAAGAAUAUGGAGGUCGGGGUUGUUUAUAAGACAACAAUUACGGUCAUAAAUGUUGGAAAAACCGUCAAGAAAAUAACUUUUGAGAAACCAUCGUUAAAGUUGUUUAGGUUCAUCUCAUGCAGCCGAGAAGCGUCCCUGGCUGCAGGUCUGUCUGUUAGUGGACUGCUGGAGUUCAGGCCAGAAGCUGAGGAGGAGGUCAGAGACUGUAUUCACAUUCAUAUAGACGAUGGAGAGACAGUUCAGGUACCAGUGUUUGGGUUUCCCAGGACUUGCUGCCUCUUCAUGGACCCACUGCUAGAUUUUGGCUGUAUUACUGCCAGCAGUCAAGUGAUAAGCAAAAAGCAUCCUAUAACCAACCAGGGAUCAGCACCGGGUGUAUUCCAAGUCGAGUAUUCGGGUGGAGACUCUUCACUCCAGCUGUCACCGUCCAGCGGAGUCGUAGCAGCUGGCGCCACCGAGUGGCUGAAAGUGGAACUGCGCACAGACAGACCGAGACACCUUCAAGAGGAAGUUCUGGUGAAGCUCCAGAACUGCUCUGCUGUAGUUCUCAGGGUCACGGCUGAGGUGGUGGAUCCAUGUCUGGAGAUUGUGGACCUGAAGGGAACUCCACUGUCCUGUCUGUGGUUUGGACCUGUCUACUUUGGGACAUCCAGUGUGCAGGAGGUGGUUGUGAGGAACAGUGCGCCUCAGGCGUGUGACUGGGUCUGUUUUGUCCAGGAAGACGCAGCUGGGACUGAGAUGGGAGCAGACCUCCAGCGGAGCACAGACGCCGCCCUGCUGGAGGGAAUGAAGAAGUGCAGCCCAGGAUUAAAAGACGUCUCUCAGGUGUUGUUUUGUGUGCCGAGACAAGGUCGCCUGGGUCCAUAUGAGAAGACCUCUGUGGCUGUAUGCUUCAGCCCCGUCUGGAAAAGGGAGAAGCGUGACUACUCAUCCAGCCGGCAGGACUUUUGUCUUUUCCUUUUGUUUGACUCUGUGGAGAGAAAACACGGCUUCACUCACCGUAACGCUAACAGCAGUGUGGAGCUGGCAGUGACGGGCUCCGGCAUCCCCGUCUCUUUGGUGCCCUCUCCCUCUCGGCGGUUUGAUUUCCUCAGCUGUGUCACAGGCCAGCGGGUGGACGUCCUGUGUGUCCUCCAGAACCUCUGUCCUCAGCUUCCGGUCAGCUUCCGCUUCCGAAAAUUAGCACACUUCAGCGCCAAGCCGUCUGCAGCCACCCUGGGCCCGGGGCAGUGCCAGGAUGUAGUUUUGACCUUCAGUGCGCAGCAGCAAGGCAGCUUCCGUGUACGUCAGAGAGUAGAUGUCUUGGGUUCUGUUGCUUCUCGGAGAGAUGUUGCCGAGGAUUCAGCAGAUCUGGACGUUUGCAGCUUCCACACGAUCACGCUGCACUUUUCUGCCUCCUGCCACAGCAAGACGAUGCACCCUCGGCCCGCAGUAAAGAGUCCAACCAGAUUUCAUCCCCGGAUUGGGUGCAGUGACCUGGCUCGUUACCGCGGGAUGGUGCAUGCUGCAGUGCUCAGCGCUGAUAAAACCCAACUCCACAAACAUCGCAGAGAGAAGAGCCAGAACUCAGACGAGGAGUUCCUGGUCUUUCCUGAUGAUCGAGCUUCCAGCGUCAGGCCAGCUUCCUCCCCCAGACAGUACAGGACCAUCUUUACUGGCGUACCUCGCUACCGCUACGUGGACACCGACUACGCUUUCACUGAGGAAGAGGAGAAGCAGAGACAGCAGCACCGGCAGAUUUACGCAGACUUCAUCGGACACCUCAGACAAACACGACUCCAGCGGAUCAAGGACAGACACAAGGAAAGGCUGGAUGAUCUGGACAUUGUUCCAUGUCAAGGGCUUCUUCCCCCUCCGCUCUCCAUCCGUGACCUGGAGAGGAGUGAGAACUCAGAGAUGAAGUUAAACUACAGCAACGUUCCCUUAGAAGCCAAAUCCAGCUGUCCUCACGACAAAGCUUCCAUCAGCCUGAAUGACAGCAGCCAGGUGGGAUUAAAGGUUUCAGUUGCUAUGAAUGUAGUUCCCUUAACCAGCCAGGAGGAGGCAGACUGCAACAGGACUCUGACCCCCCAGGAGCUCUACCAAGUAGAAAUAAGUCCCCUGUUCAUAGACUUUGGCAGCGUGUGUGUGCAGUCGGUGUGUGUUCGAGUCCUGAAGCUCAUCAAUCGUCUGUCGGCGUUCGUCUGGUUGCAGCUGGAGGUUGACUGUCCUGAGCUGCAGGGCUCCUCACCGCUCUCAUACGUCCUGCCUCCCCGCUCUCACACAUCCUUACCCCUGACAUUUCAGAGCAACAGGACGGGCUCCUUCUCCAGAUCCUUGUCUUACUCUGUGAACCAGCAGCACCCCGGUCAGAUCCUGGUCCAGGCACAGGUCAUCCCCUUGUCCCUGGAGAUGUCCACCAACCAGCUGGUGCUCCACCCCACCCCCUCAAUGUUGGCUGCAUCAGGAUACAGGAGCUCAGUUACCCUCCGAAACCAGUGCAACCAUGCUGCAGAGUUCACGUGGCGGCCAGUCGUCACAGAGAGCGGCAUCUUGUUUUCUGUUCGUCCUGCUGCAGGGACGGUGCUGCCAUACAAGGAGCUGGACUGUGAGGUGGUGUGGCAUCCCUCUUUUUCUGCUCCUGCAGAAGGAGACUUUGAUCUCUGCGUUCGCGAGGGCAACAUUCAGCGUUUGCACUGUGUUGCAGAGGUUGGAGCUACCACCGUCCAGCUGGCAGAGAAACGCAUCAUGUUUGUUUCUGUUCCUCUCAACUUAGCAUCUGUCAGGACUGCAGUCCUGCACAACACUGGACGUAACCAUGCCUAUUACCAGAUUGUGGAUGUGUAUCCUCUGCCGGGCAUGGUCCUGAGUCCAUCUGAAGGUGUGGUACCAAGCAAGGGCCAGGUGAAACUCAAGAUCCACUUCAACCCAGAUUCUGUCAUCAAAUUUGAUACCAAAAUCAAGAUCGCUCUGAGGAACAUGAAGUCCAUCCAGCUCAGACUGGGAGGAUCCGUGGAGCCUCCAAAUAUCAGCAUCGGUGUGUCCUGUUUCAGGUUCUGUGGGGUCCAUGUUGGUUCCCAACGAGCUCUUCCAUUCACUCUGACCAACCACUCGCCAGCUGCAGCCCAAGUCACUUUAGAUCUGUCGCAGUAUAAAGACUUCUCCAUCCAGCUUCCUCUGCCUUCAGUGGACAAGAAACCGGGUCUAAGUGUUGUGAAGGUCCAGGGCUUCAAGACUGAGGAAUGCUCCCUGGUUUUCUCCCCCACCCAGGUGUCCAGCUAUGAGUUUGAUCUGCCUCUGAUUGUCAACGGCGUAAAAUGCUCUUCAUCUCUACUGCCCACUCCCUCCUCUUCAUCAGCUGACAGCAGGAAGCACAUCACACCUCUUUCUGACUCUGUCGCCAUGACAGCACAGCGGUCACCACGGAUACAAGCUACAGCCCUGAGUCCUCCUCUGGAAAUGUCCCCGCCCAGCCUGCAGUUUCACGUGGAUCCACAGUCUGACACCUACACUCAGAAAGUCCAGUUGAAGGCAGAGUAUAAAGAGAGUGUUUGCUGGCUGGGGGUCAAAGAAGAGACGGUUCGCUGGUGGUUUGACUGCAGUCCAGCAGCAGAAUCGACCCAGGACAGACGGGGACAGCAGCUAUGUGCAGUGUGUCCAUCAUCGGGCAGUCUGGGUCCCGGCCAGUCCAUCUGGUUGGUGGUUUCCAUCAACGCGGAGGUCAUCAGAACAGGAACUCAAAAAGUGACCAGACUGUCCCUCCCUCUUUAUCUGGGAGGUAAGGAAAGACAUGAAGACCAGCAGCCGUAUGGACGUCUGUCCGUCUCCAUCACCCUGGAGCUUCCCAGCAUCACCAUCCACCCUCAUCAAAUCCUUCUCACACCUGUACCCCUGAACAUCAGCAUAGAAACCCCACUCACCUUACUCGCUGUGGGAUACCCGAGUGGGACACAUGUAUCAGCUGAAGUUGAGAAGGUGGAGAUGGAGGAUGGAAGGAAGAUACAGCCCAUCUCUGUCGUCUUCCCUGAGGGUAACACUAUUCCCCCGCAGGACCACCAGCAGCAGGACACCAGAGUCACAUCUCUGCUCUGCAACGUGUCCUUCUGCUCCGCCGUCCCUCUGUCCGUCUGCACGACCAUCACCUUCACCGACCACCUGCACAACAGAUUCGAGGUGAAGCUUUGUGCUGUUGCUGACAACUGUCUGCUGACAGUCUGGCCCUACAUGGCGCUGCACCACUCUGAUCAACACGUCAUCCUGCAGACAGGUGCCACAGCCGUGGAGGCCAAUCUUCAGCGCUACCACACACCGAGUCCUGCAUCUGGUCUGUCUACAUCAUCAUCCUCAUUUGGUCUCAACAGCUCGAUAAUCAAGAACUCAGAUUCCUUUGCAGACAGUGACAGUGUGAGCGAACAGGCCAGCAGGGACACGUUUGUCUCUCCCAGCAAAGACAGAUCAGCCAAUCUCAGUGUCCCAGAAUUCCCUGCUGCCACGACAGAAGAAGGCCAGUAUUCCCAGAGCGUGUUACUGGCUGUGGAGAGGUGGUUUAGCCUCUUUGGAUGGCCGACUGGACCUCAUCCUAUCACUGUACCACACACACUCAGAAGAGUCGAGUCCGAAAUUCAAACAACCCAGUCAAAUGGACGAACGUAUGGUGUCAGUCAGAAUAAAGAUACAAGGUCUGUUGUGGAGAUGCUUCAUCAUCUGACUGGCAGACAGAUUCCUGGAAUCCGUCUCUGUCCGGCUUUUUCCAGGGAUAUAACCCAGAGAACUCAUCAGCUGCUGCACCAACACCAAGCUGUUCUGUCUUUCCUCAGGGUGCAGGGAGCCCACCUUUGUCACAUCAGACCAGAGUACCUGCUGGAUGUGCUGGAGUUUAAACACUGGUGCUCCCUGCAGUCUAAUGACUCGGAUCCUGGUCUGGACGACACCCGACUGGACUACGAGUCUCUGAGCCAGCGGUCCUGGACUGAUGUGCUUCUACAAAUAUUCAAGGUUCUGGUGUUGUGUCGUGUGUCAGAAAGACAUCCGUCCCCAGCUCUGAGCCUUAAAGACAUAGAGGGACUUGUCCUGGAAGGUUCCCGGUCUCUGGCGAGUAAUGUCUACUCAUCCUGGGAGCUGCAGUUGCUCUCCUGGCUGAACAUGAACUACCAGAGCAUGAGGAGGACUGUGUGGGGCACGGAUGGAGCCCCAUCAUCCCGCUGGAUCGUGAACUUUGACUUGGACCUAACGGAUGGACUGGUGCUGGCUGCUCUGCUCGCUGCCUACUGCCCUUAUCUGAUCAGAAGCCACUUCCAGAGGAUGUACACCACAACCAACAGCCUGGAGCAGAUCCUCCACAACAACAUCAUCGUGGUUCAGGCUUUAACUGAACUCCGUCUCAACAUAGACGUACAGCCUACAGACCUGUCAGACCCCAAUCCGGUGCAGAUGUUAGUUCUGUGUGUUCACCUGUAUGAGAUGCUUCCUCAGUACCUGCCCGUACACACCGUUACUCUGUCAGGAGGCCUGCACAGCUCCAGCAGCAAGCAGGUGCGUCUGAAAAACCCGGCCUGUAAGCCAAUCAGAUACCAGGUUUUCCUGUUAGGAGAGGACGCCCGUUUCUUCUGCCUUCCUGGUGGAUCUACAGUCAUCAUUCCCCCGAAGUCAAACACUGAAGUGAGCGUCCAGUUCAGCUGCAGCUUCCUGCGUCCCAUAGAGGCAGUUCUUCUGCUCAUCUCCAGCUCUGCCGUCGGCCUGCGCUGCACCACUCUCACCUUUACUCUAAAGACUAACAUCAGCCGCAUCACGCCGACAAAAACGGUCAGGUGUGAUUCUCCAUGUUACCAGCCCAAAGUCAUCCAUGUCCCGCUAACAAACAUUUUCAACCAAGACGCUCAUUUCAGGGUGGUGUUGGUGGAGUCCACCUGCAACCCACUGGAGCCUAAAUCAAGCCAAGACAACCUGCUUCAACAGGCGGCAUCUGAUUCCAAUAUAAGAAAGGCCUCAGACGAGAUGGAAGGUGAGCAAAAAAUAACAAACAAAUACUACGCUGAUGGCAGCGAGUUCCUGAGCAAAGCCAGGAGUGUUUGUCUGAAGUCGGGCCAAGCAGACUCUCUGAGCAUCCUCUACCUGCCCUUCUUCCCAGGAAGCAGAUACUGUGCUGUGCUCCUGGUUUCCCCACAGGUGGGAGAUAUGGUGUAUGUGAUAAAGGCGACGUCACGGUUGCCGCUUCCUUCGCCUCUCACUGCCAAACCCAGCCAUAACACAGUCUCCGUCCACGCCAGUUCAGUGUGUAAAUCUGUGGUGACCCUUCACUGCAAGGUGGGGGAAGUGUGUGAGGUGAUGCUACAAGUACCACAGAUUAAUAUGCAGUGGGAGGAAGCUCUGGCCAUCUGGGGUCAGCACCGCAUGGAUGCUGAUGAACACAGCAGGAGGAUGCUGACCAAGACGCUGCAUAGCAGCUCAGUGAGGACAGCUGCAGCCACACACAAGUUCUUCACACACACGCUGUUAAGGAAUCUACACCAGAGUAAAGGAAUAGAGUACAAUGUGGAGCUUUCUCUGCCACAAUACUUCACUCUACCCUCGACUGUUAGAAUCCCUGUCAACGAAGACACAAAGGUGCCAUGGGAGACUCCUGCAGGCCGUGGCAGUGUUGACGUCCCACUCCGGUUCCAGGCUGACUCAGUCGGGCAGUUUACCUGUGAGGUGAUCCUAAGGUCCUGUUGGGAUACCAGGAUGUACCUGCUGGAGGCACUGGUCACUUCACAGGAAGGAUCCAUCAGCUUAGACUUCAGCUCGCCUGCACAUCGUCCGGUUACCCAACACAUACCGCUGCAGAACGAGUCGCAGCAGACCUGGAAAAUGAGAGCCGAGGUGUUCGGUGAGGGAUUCUCUGGUCCAGAUGUCUUCACUGUGCCAGCAGGGACGAGAGAGGACUACCCCCUCACCUUCCAUCCUGCUGUGCCAUGUGUUGUCAUGGGAAGGCUGUCCUUAUAUAAUGACUGUGACAGCAGAGAGCUGGUGUUUACCCUCAGAGGCGUGGGCGAGCCCCCCCUACCUGUCGACCACCUGGUACUACGCUGUCCUGUUGGGAAGACCACAUCCACUCAACUCCAUGUCCCCAACCACAGCCCGAACAAAGUCACUGUCAGGGCGGUGACAGAUCUGUCUGUGCUGAGUGGCAUCCCUUCCCUGGAGAUUAAACCCAGACACAGCGCUCCAUGCACUCUAGCUGUGUCGCCAUGGAAACGAGGAAAACACACAGGUUCUGUGUCAUUUGUGGAAACUGCUGUCAGAGAACAAGCAGAUAAAGACAAAGGAAAUGUAUUUGGACGCUAUGAAGUUAAUUUCUCCCUUGAGAUCAUUUGUGAGCCACCAGCCCCCAUCAAGGUCAUAGAUGUACCGUGUACUACUGAGAGCUCCGUUGCCAUAGAGAUACCUGUCAAUAACCCAGGAGAGGAGCUGCUGAUGCUUGAUGUGAGGCUGGAAGGAGACGAGCUGACGGGGGCCAGCCGGGUCUCUGUUCCCCCCCGGGGGACUCUGGUCUACAGAGCCACGUUUUCUCCUGUCAGGGUGGAGAAGAGCACCGGCAGCGUGGUGUUCCAGUCCGAGCUGGUCGGGGAGUUCUGGUAUCAGCUGGAGCUUUAUGGGCUGCCUCCUCCAGUCAUGACCCUACCCCAGGCCUGCUGUCAGCUGGGCAAAUGGAUCCACCUGGACGUUCCUCUGGUCAACUCGACAGCUGAGACUCUGGAGCUGACAGUAACCAACACAAACCCCAGAAACUACACACUGGAGAUGGACUCGGCUAACACACUCAUGCUGGACCCUCGGUCCUUCAUCCAUCUCAGAGUCCGUUUCAGUCCUUCAGCCAUCGGAGAGGAGAACCAACAGGGAAAGAUCACUUUCACGUCCUCUCAGUUACAGGAGUGCUGUGUUUUGUUGAGUGGACGUGGACUUGCACCAGCGAUGGAGGAGCCUUUGCACAUCUCAUCCAUGAUUGGCUCCAGCUCUUCCAUCGUCAUUCCCUUCACAAAUCCCACCGAGCACACGGCUUCACUCUGCAUCACACUUAAAGAUGAGGACCCAAGUGGAGCCCCCCCAUGCCAUCCAGUCCCGAAUGAGAGAUCCUUCUCCAUCCCUCUGAACCAAACUGAUGACGUACAGAUCGGUGAAGGAGAAACCAUCCAUGUGCCUGUUGGUUUUACGCCUAAAUCCAUGAAGCAACAGCAGGUCUGGCUCUGCAUCACCAUGAAAACCACCAGCAGCCCCCUCACAUCAAGGUCUGAGGAAGAACGGCAGAGCAUCCGAUGGAUUUACCCCUUCUGUGGGACCCCCAGCUCAGCGCCCAGACUGGAUCAGGAUGAACACCAGCAGGAAAAACCGGUGGAUGUCGGUCUCAUCCCGGGAAGUCGAGACAAACAGCCAGGAAAGAAGAAUCAGAGCAGCGAGUCUGGAUGAAGGAAACUGGUCUUGAAGUUUUGAACGUUUUCUGUAAGAGGAGAACCUGAUCCGAGUUCUGAUGUGCAAACUAGCUGCAGUUGUUUAAAUGCAACCUUAAUAAAAAUG